AGAGGGCGCUAUGUCAAAAUGUCUGCCAUAUAAACACAACGUGUUUAAUUUUAAGCAAAGAUCCUACAGCGCCUCUUGAGGCUACACGCAUUUAGUGCAAAUCUUCAUAGUUCCAUCAUGUCCAUGUCUUCAAGAACAUUAAAGUUCAUGUUUGCUCUUAUGCAGGUGCAGCAAGUGGCUUGUCUGUCAUCAUGUUGGCUCAUUCCAGUCAGACACCGAACCCGCAUUAAUCCACCCAAGGCAACCAAAAAAGGUCGCUUACUGCUUAAAGACCAGGAACGGCUCAAGCUGAAGGAAGAAUAUAAGCAAGAUCCGCAAAAGAUGCUGAUAGAAACGUUAAAGAAAUCUGGCAUUAAACCAUGCCCAUCCUUCACAGAACGUGCAGUCACAAUAACUUGUACAGGGGAAAUAUUUGAGCCAUAUGUCCCGCCUGAAGGAGAUGGCAAAGCUAUGUCUUUAACACCUGAGGGAGCCAAGCAGCGAUUGGAAAGAGUAAAAAAUAUAGGUGUGACUCAGCUGAAUCAACGUAAGAUUCGCCAGUUUGAACCAGAAUUUACAGCCUCCGAGUUUGCCUGGAAAGCACAAAAGAUCUUCAUCGAUGCCCAUAAUGCCUUGCAAGAUUUUGACAAGAACAUUCUUCAUCAAUUAGCGACAGAGAAGGCAUAUCCAGAAAUGACGAAAGGUUUCCGUUUCAAAACCAUCAGAUGGAAGUUUCUGGAGUCUAUCGAGAAGCCAAGAGUUGUUCAUAUCCGUACCACAGAUAUGAUAAAUAAAGGAAACUUAUAUGGCCAAGUCACAGUUAGAUUUCAUUCCAAACAGACACUAGCCAUUUACGAUCGCUUUGGACGCAUAAUGCUAGGGAGUGAAGACAUCCCCAAAGACGUUUUGGACUAUGUUGUGUUUGAGAAACAUUUGUCAGGAUUGUAUGGAUCAUGGCGCAUUCAUGGCAAGAUCAUACCCGAUUGGGCAUCUUCACUUGAGCCAGUUAUCCAAACUAUGAUAAUGCAAGGACAAGGUGGUGAAACUGACAUUGCAGUGGAGGACAGGUGAAUAGUAGGUUAAAAUAGUACGGAAAUCAGAUCUUCAUAAGCAUACAAUAGCCAAGCAAGCAGUUGAAUAUGUGUGAUCUAUGAUUAAUGAUUGAUGGAUGUCGAAGCACUGCAUAGAAAUAUCUAUCUGUGGACAAUUAAUGUGGUUUGAAACAUUUCUGAGAAUCUUUAACAAUGCCAGUACCUAAAUCAUUAAAAUACAAUAGUUCAGGCUCUUAAAAACAAUGAUAAAUAAACCUAAUCCAUGCCUUUGUUUAGUCCCAUAAUAGAUGAAAUUUAGACAAAGGCUAUCAGUUUCGGUCCAAAAAUUGGGCCAUCGGUAUCAAAUGAUCGAAAGGAGCAAAAAUGCUCAAAGCAAUUUUGGGGGAAAAAAUGGAAAAUUUGUGAUAACUUUGAAGUGUGAGCGAUGGCAGUUUUUUUUUGUAUCAUCACUUUUUCAAUUUUUUUUCUUCAAUAUAGCCGACAAUAUGCUUGUUACCAGAAUAAUUGUAUGUGGUAACAAGCAUGUGUUGGUCGCCAUUUAAAAAAAAAAUAUGUAUAUUUUCCUUGAAUACCUUGCCAAAAAUCACAAUGAGUAUUAUUCCCCUCAUUUGAUACCGACCAAACCCAAGGCUGAUUGCCUAACAUGUAAAAUGACAAAGUUACUUACAGGCACCUGUGUUGCUGUCAAUAGUGAUGGUGCAUGCAAUGACGAAUGGUGUUUCUUGGUCAUUAGGUUUUUGUUUUGGUAAUUGAGGUACUUAUAAUGGAUCACAAGUUCAUGUACAUCGCAGGUCCAGUCACAAGUAAAUCACCUGUGGCCCCUGACCUGUCGCAAUUACAGUGGGAAAAAAAUAUUCCUUUGUGACAGUCAAUUGUAUAGCUUGUUACUUGGUAAAAAUGACUUGUAAAAGACUUGUAAUGUCUUUGUCAAGUGAUCCAUGACAAGUACAUGUACCUUGCUUUAUACAGUGCUGGAUAACAGUAUAACAGUGAUGCAGUGAGGAAAGCUGCCAUUGGCAAACGUUAACGAGUGUGCACUUCUUUGCCCUGUGUAUUUCCUUUGUUUGGGAGAGAGUGUUUUUCACUUACUGUUAUUUUCAUCUGUGGUUGUUUCAAAUUCAGCGAUGUACGUCCUCCUGCAGUUGCCUGAUUUCAGGCUUUUUAUAAAAUUUUGUAUACUUUUCUUUUAUACUUCAAAUUUGGGGCAAAUAUAUCAGAGUUUACUUUCCCUCCAUAUUAUGUCAUUGAUGAAAAUCUUAACAUUUAUAUCGUUUUUCUGUCAUUGUACUCUUUCAGCUACUAGACAAAUGUGCAGGGGGCUGGCAGAUUAAGCAUUGAUUAAAUAAUGAACUUACGUCUCACUAGAUUUAUCAAAAUCUACCCUAAAUAGUUUUUUUUUAAUGUCCUGUCUGUUGUAGAUAUAUAGUAGAGGUGAUUUAGCUUAAAGAGUGUCAGAUAAACUACUGAUAGACGAAACUGAGAAUUUCAUAUAAUUUAAUAGACCGACCGUUGACUUUUUAUGGUGAAAAAAACGGCUAUGUGUGCUAUCUUGUUUCAAAUAAAUAAGAAACGAGCUGUGAA